AGUGCGUGAAGUGGGUCGGGACCAUAGGUCGGGACUUGACACAAAAUCUGAGAUUUGACUUGAUCCGCGCUCCAGUUUUAAGGAUGUAAAGCUACAGGUUGCGGACAAGGACUUACUUAAGCAUGUUUUUGUAAACAGCUUGCAGAAUUGAUGAAGAUAAUCCAGGAAUUUUACAGGAUCUGCACACCCUACUGCUCGCCCCGUCGGUAACUUGGGACAGAGGCUGCUACACCAGCUAAGCUAAGAUUUUGUCCCCUUCCUUCCUGAUGCUGGGGGUCUUGUGAGGACACACAUCUUCCUCAACUACAGCUGAAUUGCUGUGAAGAUAGUCUCUGCUGAGGCUUCCUGAUUGAGUGAACCACAUAUAGAUAUAUUCUCAGAAAGUGCAGUGAGAGAGAGAAGUCAAGAUGUCUAUCACCAACACACCUACCAGCAAUGAUGCCUGCCUGAGCAUUGUGCACAGCCUGAUGUGUCACAGACAGGGUGGUGAGAGCGAGACGUUUGCCAAGCGGGCCAUUGAGAGCCUGGUGAAGAAACUGAAGGAGAAAAAGGAUGAGCUUGACUCCCUCAUCACUGCUAUCACCACCAACGGGGCCCAUCCCAGCAAGUGUGUGACCAUUCAGAGGACUCUCGAUGGACGACUGCAGGUGGCGGGACGUAAAGGGUUCCCUCAUGUAAUCUACGCACGGCUGUGGCGGUGGCCUGACCUGCAUAAGAAUGAACUGAAGCACGUCAAAUACUGCCAGUUUGCCUUUGACCUUAAGUGUGACAACGUGUGUGUCAACCCCUAUCACUAUGAGCGAGUGGUGUCUCCUGGCAUAGACCUAUCAGGACUGACUCUGACCAGUUCUGGCCCCAGCUCCGCUUUGAUGGUGAAAGACGAGUACGACUUUGAUGGUCCACAGAGUCUGCCCUCGAUCGACGGAGGGCACUCCAUCCAGACCAUCCAGCACCCCCCCUCCACCAGCUGCCCGGCCCCCUCUGAGCCCUUUGCCACUCCAAACCUUCUCCCCCCUGCUGAGGCCUCCACCUCCGCCUCUUCGUCAGCUUUUCCUGCCAUUUCUGCUGGAUCAGGAGGUGCCAGCGCCAACUGGUCGAGGAACAGCAACUUCAACCCCAACACACCCCAACACACAAACGGCCAUCUACAGCACCACCCUCCCAUGCCACAUCCGACACACUACUGGCCGGUGCAUAAUGAGCUCGCCUUUCAGCCUCCUAUAUCCAACCAUCCAGCUCCUGACUACUGGUGCUCCAUUGCCUAUUUUGAGAUGGACGUUCAGGUCGGGGAGACGUUUAAGGUCCCCUCUUCUUGCCCCAUCGUGACAGUGGACGGCUAUGUGGACCCCUCAGGAGGAGACCGCUUCUGCUUGGGUCAGCUCAGCAAUGUUCAUCGCACUGAGGCCAUUGAGAGAGCAAGGCUUCACAUUGGCAAAGGGGUUCAGCUGGAGUGUAAGGGGGAGGGGGAUGUGUGGGUGCGAUGCCUCAGUGACCACGCAGUGUUUGUUCAGAGUUACUACCUGGACAGAGAGGCCGGCCGAGCCCCUGGAGACGCUGUGCACAAAAUAUACCCCAGCGCUUACAUCAAGGUGUUCGACCUCCGUCAGUGCCACAGACAGAUGCAGCAGCAGGCCGCCACGGCUCAGGCCGCCGCUGCAGCUCAGGCAGCCGCUGUGGCUGGAAAUAUACCUGGCCCUGGAUCAGUUGGAGGAAUUGCUCCAGCUAUUAGUCUCUCGGCAGCAGCUGGUAUCGGGGUAGAUGACCUGCGGAGGCUGUGUAUUCUCAGGAUGAGUUUUGUUAAGGGCUGGGGUCCCGACUACCCCCGGCAGAGCAUCAAGGAGACCCCCUGCUGGAUUGAGAUCCACCUGCACAGAGCCCUCCAGUUACUGGACGAGGUUCUGCACACUAUGCCUAUAGCAGACCCUCAACCUCUGGACUGAGAUGCGCCCCCCCCCCCCGCAGCAUCACACUGCAGCAUACAGCGGCUACGGAGAGUCGUCCUCAGUGAACCGUGUGGAGAAUCCAGUGAAACAGCGGUGACACUGUAGCUGUCCCACAUGAAAAAAAAAACAUUCAGGUGUUUUUGAGGUACCUUUGUGCACUGUGGCCCCUACUUUUGCUUUUUUUCAGCAUUAGUGACACUACAAUUAGCUAAAGCCAUAUAUUAAAUAAAGAUAUGUUGCUCUUUAUUUUUGAUAUAUGGCUUUGAUUUGUUAUGACUGGAAAGAUGAGUAGACAGUUACAAAGCAACACAUCAUGAUGAUAGAUGACCUGAAGAUCCCAUGAAACUGGAAUGUACAGCGACUACUCAGUCCACAACUACUGACAGACAUCAGACUCACUGAACAAUGGAAGAACGCCUGAGGGCUGUACAGCUGCGGGAUGAGUGUCUGAGCACCAGGAGAGUGCUGCUGGUUUCUAUUGUGUCAGACUGCUUCACACCUGGCAUGACAAGCAAGUCUGGUCCACGAACAGCCAUCCACGAACAUCACACAGAAUGAAAGGACAAGCGCCAUGCCUCAAGCCGACUCUCACUCUGAACUGAAACGAGGUCAAGUCUAGGGGCUUCUCUGUGAUUGGUUAUGGGUUUUAUGGAGGUCCAAUGACAAAUCUCUUCUCAAUUAAACAAGAUCCCCACUUUCACAAGACAAUAUUGUCCUUCAGUGGCGUCAUGACAUGCAAAGUUAAAUGGCAAUAUAUCUGUUUUGACCAACUAUCUGUGAAAAUAUUAUUUCUCCACUCACUCAAAUAUUGUGAUGACAGGAGGCUCAUCAAUCAUUUGUCGUUGGUAAAUCUCCACCCUGGUCUCCUCUCACUUGUUUCAUGUAUGGUUACUGUUUUGUUAAGUGCCCUGUUAUGCUGCCACGAAGGGUGAGUCUCAUGCAUCUUCUUUUCUCAAUUUCUCUCAGAGCAGAACAGAGCUUGCUUUUGUUCAGUAAAAGUGGGGAAGAGGCAUACAGCUGGUCUUAGAUGUAUGAAGUUUAAUCAUGGUAAAAGCAACAAAGUGUAUCAAUGUUUGGGCAAACCAAAGUAUUCAUUUGGAAGAAGCAGUCUUGUGUGAUCAUGAGAGAGAAGUCCAGUGGACAUUAAUUUGGAAAUUAAAUGAAUUUGAAAGGGGAUUAUGUUUCUUUUCUUUUCAAUUGUGUAUCUCUUUAUCUCCAACCGUACCCGACACACUCUCCACACAGUUGAGAAAUAUUGAACUGAAAUAUUUUAUGACUUGCAGCCCGCCUACUUGAUCAAGGUCUCUUGUGUAUAGUUUACUGACACAAAUACAAAAACCUAAGACAGUUUCACAGCAAUAUUGACUCUUUUUUUUUGGGUUCUAUUUUUGUUACUUUAUUAACUGAUAUGUAUUGUAAUUUUAGCACUUUAAUUUUUUCAAGGUUUUAAUUCAAUAACCCUAAUUUGAGUUGGUUGUCCUGCAAUGUGGAAAAGGGAGUGAAUAGAGUGGUUUAUAUUUGAUGUAGGAUUGUGAAAAGACGCAUCUUUGUGUACAUUAGUAUUAAAAACAUGCAACACUAAGUCACAUUUUUUAAAGACUGUUUUUGCCCUUUCACUCUUACACACAUUUGUAGUUUGGAGUUGCAUUUAAUUUUUUGGAUUUGCAGUUUUCUUUCAUUUUUAAUCCAUGUAAAUAUAUUUGUUUUUGAAAAGUAUGUCAAUGUCUGCAUGGUUUUAAUGGCAAAUAGACCCUUUUAUAUCUAACCCUUUUUAAAUGGAGUACUUCACUUGCCCUGCAUUAAACAGGGAAACUGGACUCUGUGGAGUGUAGACAACUGGAGUGCUGCUGGUCUAUGACAAAAGCAUUUAAGGCAAACCGAGGGAAGCUACAUAGUCAUAACUAAAAAUCUAAAUGUAAGAACAUAAACUCAAAUUGCUGGAACCUAAACUCCUAAAGAACUCAGAGGCAUAGUUUGUUUAAAUACAAUAAUUCCAUCUAAAAUUAGUAGACACAUUUUUCUCACAGGUGUAGAAAUAGGUGAAGCUAAAUUGACACACAUAAAUAGAUAUGAAGUAAAGUCCCAUCUCAUCUGCCCGUGCAUCUUUUGUUUUCUUUCACAGCAAAUCGCCAUACAGUAAAUCCUGUCUGAACAUAUGUAUCUGACAAGACAUUUAAAAAAUGUAUUUGUGUAUUUUUCCCUUUGAACAAUGCUGUCUUUGUGGGUUACAGAUAACAUGGAAAAAGACACACUGCAUACUCAGCCGUGGUUUCUUUCCUUUUACCCAUCUUUGAUAAUUCACUAUCAUUUGAAAAGCAUUGUUUAAAAAAAGUAUUUUUCCAACCGCACGAAUAAGAGUCAGGUUUUUGGGUUUAUUACCAUAAUUAUGCAACUGAUUAUUCAGGAAACAGGAUAUUUUAAGAUUAUGUUACUGAAAGAAGUGAUGCUGAAUUAUGUCUGGAGAAAUAAUGUUAUGUUUGGUCGUGCUUUAAGGUGGACAGAUGUUUUUAUAUUACUUGCAGUUAUUAUAGGAGCCUAAAGAUAUGGCUCAAGGAGUUGUUGACUACUAUGACAGAUUGCAGAUAUACAUUUUACCUGUAUUUCUUAUGUGAGAGUCUUUAAUUAAACAUGGCCGGAUAUUCUCUAAA